AGUAAACCAUUUGCUUACCGAGCGCAAGACGAGUAGAGAACACUUGCUUCCGGCGGCAGGCUGUCAAAAUAGCUGAGAGUGGUUUCGACAUGUGAUGGUAUCAGGUUCCAGUGAGAAAAUGUCACCAGACUCCGUAUCUUCACUUUUCCCAGAUCGUCCGAUUCGCCCGCUUCCAAAACGCCGCCUUCGCGAACGUCUCUCUCCUGAGGCUGCUGGCACCAUCAAGUACCCGCUUGAACACCAGAACAACGCACCUUUAUUCUACUACCCCUACAAUCUCAAGGCCGAAGCUGGAGCUGUAGGCCUCGACCUGGCCAACCUGGCGAGCCGACAAAACAGCCUCGAGCUGGCUCAGGAAGUUGGACUGCGCCACAAUGGCUCGCGUGGAGGCCAUGAUGAUGACGGCUUGCUGUAUCAGAACAGAAGAUCGCUCGCAACACGACCACACUACGAGUCUGUCGGACAUGUUCUUCGCACACCGCCCCGGGCAGGUCAGGGCCGGCAUCAGGCCCCGCAGGCACCUCCUUCUACGGCAUCCUCUGUCGACGGCUAUGACUCGUUCGAGAACACAAACAACAAGAAGAAGAGAAAGAUUCCGACUGCCGGUGAGAGCAUCCUAAACGGCUCGCAUGUGCUUACCGACCCGAGUAUUCUGGGGGUCCCAUCACCGCCCAUGACGGGUGAUGAAGGCCCCGGCGAUGCACUAGCCACCACCCCCUCGCCAUAUGCGUAUGGUGGGGUCGCUGGCUCACCCGUUCAGGGCAUAUCCGGUCCAGGCAGAGGUCGUUAUGGACGAAAUCGCAAUGGCAGGAGCCCUCUGAGACAGGUGCCGGAUCCUAACUCGAACUGGCCUGUCAAGACCUCCAAGUCGAGAUACGACGGUGACUAUCCGCCUUCCCCAGGCGAGAAGAAGGGUAUCAUAUCAAGUGCGAUUGCCAGCGCCGGAAAGCUCCCUGUGCCUCAAGGACAGGAAAAUAUCAGCCUCUUACAGCAACAAGCAUCUACCAAAGCCAGCCCGGCUUCCUCACAGUUCACAUUCACAUUCGAUUCGCAGGUGUCUGGUACAGUUCCUUGGCCUGGCUCCGAAUCCACUUCUCCACGCAUGGUAGGAAAUAGCCACAAUCAGCAGGUGCCUAUGCCCAGAACUCAAGACAACCCUUAUUAUGGAGCGAAUGCUCGAUCGGCACACAAUGGCCAAUUGCCUCUCUCUGGAUCGGCAGCGACACAGACCGGAGCCAGUUCUUCAGUAGAUGGUACGGGAAGGGAUGGUGCACCUGUCAACGCUCCGCCCAAAAAACAUAGAAGACGUGGAAACCCGCUCGUACAAGCUGCAAAACAGCGCCGGCAGGAUCAGGAGUAUAAGAACUACCACCAUCCGCCGACACCCGAGGAACUGUGGAUCUGUGAGUUCUGUGAAUAUGAGAGAAUAUUCGGUCGGCCUCCGGAAGCCCUGAUUCGGCAGUACGAGAUCAAGGAUCGCCGGCGUCGACGAGAAGAAGCCGAGCGUCGGCGAUUGCUGGAGAAGGCGAAGAUGAAGUCACGGAAGGGCAAGAAACCCGGUAAACUGCCAGCAAAGAACAACGCCGCUGCACAAGAUCGCAACGCCGUACAAGCUUCAGGCAACCAGGCCCCCCUGAUGGACAACGAGCCAAGCCAGGAGACGCAUGGCGAGGAUUAUGAAGAGGGUGACUACUACGAUGAGGACGUCCAUGACGAUAGCUGUCCGAAUGUCGCGCCUGGUCAGGACUUUGAAUCGCAUACUCCCUUGGCAGGAGAUGCCUUCGCUGGCGGAACAGGUCACGACCAUCGAGUCCCAGUGGCCUAGCAACAUGCCCGAUUCAGAGUGACCAUUCUCAAUCGAUUGCUUGGUGCCGGUCAUCUUCCUUUGUGCUCUUGAAUCGCGGACUUUAGUAGCACUCUUUCCAUUCCCUGAAAGUAUGGAUCAACUUGUUGGUGGGAACAAUGUUGAUUCC